GGGGGCGGAGCUGGGGGCGGGCGGGGGGCAGCUGUUCUGUGACCCGGCCUCCUCCCCCGCGCAGCAGUGCGCCCCCGGCGGCCGCUCCCUGGGCCCCUGCCGCUCCGACCCGGUGUACACCGGCCCCUCCUGCGGCCUCGUCACCCCCGCCAUCUCCGCCCCCUCCUCCACCUCCUCCUCCCUCACCCUCUCCCUCCCGCCCUCCACCACCUCCCAGCUCUUCAACUGGGCUGCCGGCCCCUCCGCCCGCUGCCUGCCGCUCACCUGGCCCUGGCGCGCCACCACCACCGCCAACCUCACCUCCUCACCCGCCUCCUCCGCCCCCAUCCCCACCCCCCUCACCGUCACCUACCCCGCCCAGCUGCCCACACACCCCCAGGGUGCCGCCUGCUUCCUCACCUCCUGCAACCCCGCGGGGGAGCUGUUCGUGCAGGUGGGCAGUGCCUCCCUGCGCUGCCCCUCGGGCGCCACCCUCAACCUCACCGGGGCCGGGGGGCUGCGAGCGGGGCUGCUGGGGCCGUGCCCGGAUAACACCCUGGCAUGUGCGGGGGGGCUGCUCAGCAUGGACAGCAGCAGCAGCAGCAGUAGCGGCGCUUGCAGCCCUAGUAGCUGUAGCACGGUGGGAGGGGAGUGCAUGGCAGCAACGGAUGGCACCUCAUCAGACGGGUCUUCUUCAUCAGGCGGAGGCGGGCGGUGCUACUGCAAGCUGAUGUACGGCGGGACGGGGUGCGCGGAGGACCUGCUGAGCGGUGCGGUGGAGGACCUGGGGGCGGUGGGGGCGGCUGGUGCGGCGGUGGAGGUGGGGGCGGUGGUGGGGCUGCCGCUGUCGUCGCUGGUGCCGCGGCUGGGGCAGCUGGGGGCGCUGAUGAGGGCGGCGGCGAAGCAGGUGCUGGGCGCCUCCCCCGCGUCCUCCCUCUCUAUCAGCCGGCUGCUCUCCAUGUCCUCCUUCCCCGACUACACCGCAGCGGGCGGCGACCCACGGGACACCCUGGUGGUGCUGCGGCUGCUGGCGGCCACCCCCGCGCAGGCGGCCGGCUGGGGGGCGGCGCUGGGGGCGGCGGGGGGCGGCGGGUCGGGACUGGGACUGGGGGAGCUGGGGGGGUACGGCUUCCUGCCUCGGAGCAACACCACGACAUACCUGGGUCGCACGGUGCUGCAGUCCUCCUCGCCCCCGCCCCCACCCUCCCCGCCGCCGCCUCCCUCUCCGCUCCGGCCACCCAGGCCCCCGCCGCCCCUAGCACCCGCCGCUCCCCCCUCCCACGGCGGCCUCACGGGGGACGAGGAGGUGGCGCUGGGGGUGGGUAUCACGUUCGGGGUGCUGGCGCUGCUGCUGCUGCUCGCCACACUGCUGGCCUACCUGGUCUGGAGGAGGUCCCGGCGCUCCUCCAGCAAGUUCGCCGCCUACUCCGCGCCCUCCGCACUGCACCGCCAGGAGACCGGCCGCCUGGACGGCGCCACCCACCCGGGGGGGCCGGGUGGCACCUCCGCGACCAACAGCAGACAUGGCAACCCCGCUGCUGCUGCGGCUGCAGCUGCAGCGGCAGGCGGGUUGCUGGGGGCCACCGAUGUGAUAGCGCGGGUGUGCGCGCCCCCUGGCGCCAGCACCAGCACCAGCACUGCAGCAGCUGCGGCUACUGCUGCUGUUGACACGCCCACCCCGGCGGUGGGUGCUUUGCAGAUGACGGCGAUGACGACGCCCUGAAUGAAGAGACGCCCUGAAUGAAGAGACGCCCUGAAUGAAGAGGCUGGCAGCAUGUUUGGGGAUUCAUUUAGGAAGUCUGAAGGAGUGAUGACGAGCGCGCGGAAGCACUCAUGGGCAGGGCUGCGUAGGGUUUUGCUAUCGUACAGUGCUGUCGUACAACGCUUGUCGUAUCAAGCAUGGAGCAGUUUGCUCGCGCACGGCACGGCGCUAGGUAUGACGCAGGUGGCUGGUAGUCCGCUUCCGGGCUUCUGGCAUGCUUGGGGCCGAGCUGCCUCAGGGUAGCGCUGGGGUGCUGGGAGGCACCCUGCAGGAUGGUGAUGAUGCGGGCGUGAGCGUUCGUUGGACUUUGUGCCGUAUUUGAGUAAAACUGCGCAAGAGGCAAAGAUCCAAGGAAUGAGGGGAAGUGCCGUGCUGGUGGGUGGCACUGGACAGUAGGGGCGGAUCAAUGACCAGGAG